CCACAAGAAACCGUAUUAACUGUCAAGGGACCAUAUCAGUUCACACUCUGCAGCAAUGGCUGCAAUCUUCCAAACUCUGCUUCCCCUUUGUUCUUCAAGACAGACCAUAUUAUCCUCUCCUCCAUCAUGGAUCCCCCUCAAACCAAUCUCAGAUUCCAUGGCCUCCUUGGCCAUUUCACAGUUCAAUAGGCAGCAGGGACAAGUGGCAGUCUCAGUUGCCUUCAACCCAUCUGGGAAUUUCGACAUCUCUUUAUAUGAUGAAGAAGAAGACACAUCUAGUAAAGUUGAGCCUCCGAUGCCGCCAAGUGAAGGCCGAUUUGAAAUAGUUAUUGACAAUGACGUAAUUCGAGGUCUUGAUUUAUCCCCGUUUCAUACUGCAACUGGGAUUACCAUUCCUUCAUCAGCCAAGCCAAAAGAGUUUCUUGAACGUACAAUCGGCUUUACCAUCAACUACACAAGAGAAGAUCCACGUGAUCCUCGAGAACUAUCCGAAUUCCCUGACAUAAGGCUCUGGUUUCUGAGACUUGAUGCCGCUUAUCCCUGGUUGCCCGUCCUCUUGGAUUGGCGUGCCGGAGAACUAGCUCGUUAUGCUGCUAUGUUGGUUCCACACCAGAUGAACAUGAGGAUGGGAGUUGUCUUCAACCCCGAGGCUCUCGAGUUGUUCGUAAUGCAGAAGGUUUUUGUUGUGUACUCAUGGUUGAAGGAACAUGACAUUCCGAAGCCUAGAUUGAAGACUAGUGACAUGGCUAGGAUGCUAGGGUUUGGAAUUGGGGACGAACUUUAUGACUUGAUCGACAAGCAUCCACUGAAAACAUCAUAAAACGAGCCUAAAGUCUCAACUUAGUGUUCCCCCAAUGUCAUACAGGGUAGAUUAAGAACGUGGCAAGCCGUUGAUGCGAGUCCAAUUUACUGUCACGAGGAGCUGCUCCCCAAUCGUUUGGUGGCGACAGUAAAUCAAUGUCAGAGAGAAGCUGCUACUACAACCAGGAUGAUUUUGUUAGAGCUGUUUUUCUCUGACUUCCAACUUUUGAUACAGGUUUGAUUUACUGUACUUCGUAGAAUAGUAAUUGUAAAACAUUCUGUUUCUAUUCAUCUUGUUUGAUAUAA